AUGGCUGAUGACGAUGAUUGGGGUAUCACUCCUGAUUAUAAGAAUGUCAUGACUGAAAGGGAGCGACGUUUCGGCUCACAGGCUGUUCCUGGUCGUGUUGGCCAUGUUGACAUGAAUGCUUUGAUCCAAGGUGCAUUAGAGUCGGAUGCGGAAAGCAAGAAGAACGCCAUUCCAAAAGCGUCCUAUGGUUAUGGUGGCAAGUUUGGUGUCGAAAAAGAUCGAAUGGACAAAAGUGCUGUUGGUACCGACUAUCAGUCUGAGGUAUCAAAACAUUCAUCACAGCAGGACUACUCCAAGGGCUUCGGCGGCCGCUAUGGCAUCCAAACAGAUAGGCAAGAUAAGACCGCCUUGGGCUAUGAUCACCACGAGGAGUUGUCAAAACACUCCUCACAGAAGGAUUACGCAUUGGGAUUUGGGGGCAAAUACGGUAUUCAAAAGGAUCGUGUCGAUGCCUCGUCAUUUGGCUACCGAGACGCACCAGAGCCAUCUGUCCCCCACCAGUCUCAACAACGACCUGAGGUGAGCAGCGGGCAGAACCGUGCCAGUGAACUGCGUGCACGCUUUGAGAAGUUGGCUUUGGACCAGAAUAAAUCAGUAGAACGACCUCCACGUCCACAGGUGGGACGACUCAAGCCGAACAUCUUUUCUAAACCAGUACCUGCAGAAGAGCCGAAGCCAGCUCCGAAACCCACAAUACCGAUCCCUAAAUUUGAGCCACAGAUGCCUCAAACGUUUGAGGAAAAGAAAGUGGAGCCGCAAGAGAAAAAGGCGGACGAGGAGAAACAUGAAAGAGUGGAGGAGCCUUGGGAGCCAGAACCAAUUCCUCAUCGCGUUAAGCCGUCUUCUCCUGAACCUGAACCCACACCUGAGGCUGAAGCUCAAAUGGAGAAGGAGGAGCAAGAAUACAAGGAUUUGAAGCCAGCUUUGCAGCCUUCACAACCGACGGAGUCAUCAGUGCAGGCGCGAACUUCAAACAUCACUGCAGUGGCUGCUUUCGACUUCGUGGGUUCUCAAAGUGACGAAUUGAGUUUUCAUGCUGGGGACACCAUUGUCAAUAUCGACAAGUUCGACGAGUCUUGGUGGUUUGGAUACAUUGGCACUCGAUCUGGCAUUUUCCCGGCUAAUCACGUUGAAGAAAUCAAAUCCGGAACCGAUGCUACCAAGGUCGGUUCUAAUCCACCUAGCAGUAUUACAGCAAUGGCUUUGUAUGACUUUGUGGCCUCUCAAUCCGACGAGUUGUCCUUUAAGGCAGGCGAUGAAAUUUGUGAUAUUGACAAAUUUGACGAGUCCUGGUGGUCUGGCCGAAUUGGAGACCGAUUUGGUAUCUUCCCAGCCAUCUAUGUGUCCGAAAAUUAG